CAACUACUCUUCUUCUUCCUCUUCCUCCUCCUCUUCUUUCCACGUUACAGGAAAACGAGUAUGGAGAACUCUGACGAGCUUCGAUCCGUUUUCUAAGUUUUCUUAUACUCUCUCUCUCUCUCUCCCCGUUUCCGUCAUCUGGGGGCGUUUUCUUCUGAUUUCGUGCUUUGCCCUUCUCUCUCUUCUUCCGAGAUCGCCGGCCCUUAUCUUUAUUCUUCCUGGGUUUCGCGUUUCCUCUGGUAUGAUUCGAUUCUCCCUCACCUAUUGCUGAUUGAGCUUUGCAUUAGCGGGUUCUUCCUCUUUUCGGGCCGAUUGCUCGAUUUCUUGAUGGUUGUACGAAAAUGGGAUUUUGUAUGAUCCCUGCUUUUUUUUUCUGGGCCAUAGGCUCACUCUUGGAUUGCUCGAGAUUUCCGGGUUUCUGAUUGAGCAUCCUCGUGUUUGCGUCUAUUGUGAUUGUAUGGGUUCGGUUGUCUCGAUUUCUGCGGCGUAAGCUUUUGGUAGACAUUUGUUUUGAUCGAACAGAUGAAGUUGAACUGAUCGAUCGAUCGAUCGAUCCUGAAGGUUUACCUGCUAAUCUGGUUACCGUCGCCACUGUAACACAGUUUCCUCUGCAUCAGUUCUGUCCGAAAAGGACAUCUUUCUUCUGUUCAUUCUGUUUUCAACUACACCCUCUGUCUUAUCGUCUGAAUUUUCUUCUCUUCAGUUCAUCACGCGAGUUCCUGCUUUCUGGGUUCGUAACCAGCUCCGGGUCAUCAAUUUAGUUGCCGGAGUUGACACUUGUUGCCGGGUUCUGAUCAUGUUCGUCCUUCUGCAGGACUCUUUUUGAUGGUUCGGAUCGAAAGUUCUGUCGCCAUUAUUUGAUUUUUGAAAGAAAAAAAAAAAGUUUUCUCGGAGAUCCAGUGGACAAAGAAUGGGGGGUUUGUUGCAUCUCUUCGAUUUUCAUAGCAACGACUUCGCCAAGAAAGUUUUCCCCAGGAAGAAUCGCGAUGAAGAUCUGGAAGCUCCCAGGAACAGUCUCGAGCUUCAGGUUGAGAACUUUCCGGCAUACAGUGACAUGAAAGACACCAAGAUGAGUUAUGGAUUCGAAGAAGAAUGGCACGAGAGGAACUGCUAUCCUAUCGAGGCUUCGUUGAAGAAGCACAUAGCCGAGGAGCUCUCGAAACGUUGUUCGUCCAACGACAAGCAAAACACUCCGAGCAUAGUGGCGAAACUUAUGGGAGUCGAUGCCCUCCCUGAGAGAGCGAGAAGAAGUAGAAAAGGGUGGACUUCGGUUACCGCUUUUGAGGGAAACGGAACCGAAUCUUCCAACUUGGAGAGAUACGAGAGGCCAAAGCGUCGGGAACAUCCUCAGGAAGAGGAGUUGCAGAGGUUCAAGAGAGAGUUCGAGGCCUGGCAGGCUAUGAGAUUCAAAGAAUGUUCUAGAAUCAUUGAUCCGGGCAACCACGGGAAUCUGCCUCUGAUUCAGACAGAACAUAAAGUCUCGGAAGGAAUGACGGGCAGAAGCGGCUUGACGGAUGGUUUCAGAUGUGAUUCUGGGCUCGUGGUUCACGACCAGAAGGACAAGCUUUUCACAAGAACUAGAAGCUUUGGCCGAGAGUUUAACCUGAAAUCAGACCGAGCUCCUACGAAGAUUGUAGUUCUAAAGCCCGGUCCUCACAGAUUUUACGACUACGAAGAUUCGUUAACGACAUCGUCAGGAACGAUGGACGGGAGCCGAGGAAGCAUAGAAGAUUUUCUGGAGGAGGUGAAGGACCGUCUCAAGAGCGAGCUACUCCAUGGAAGAACCCUCAAGAGAAGCUCAACCGUGAGGGGAAGCGGGAUCGAGACUCCUUUCAGUGAACGGCCUUUGCACGAGGAUGAUGUUGAUGAUGAGAACAACACGAAGAAGACUGUCUGUAUCGGGAGGAACAAUCAUCUUCCUCGGUCUGAAUCGACCCGAUCUUACGCGGGUGAAGUUCAGUUCAAUGCAUCAGACUCUCCCGAAUUCGUAAGUAGAGAUACAAGGAGGCUCUUGGCAGAGAGGUUGAGGCCAACCGUGUCAGAUAUGGAGAGAAGGCUGAAAGAAAUCAGGGAAAUCUCGAAAUCGGAUGAACAAGAAGACACGAGAAACCGAUCUCUCGGGCGUGGUAAUGGUUACAACGAUGUCAGAGAUCAAGUUUCUGGUAAGAAAGAUUCAUCGCCGAGAAAUCUUAUCAGGUCAUUAUCAGCUCCAGUUUCCGGGACUUCAUUCGGCAAGCUUCUGUUAGAAGAUCGGAAUGUCCUGACCGGAGCACAGAUCAGGCGAAAGCACGAAUCAGCGGAACAAGAACCAUCCAUCGAUCCAAUCAGGAGGAGGAAAGAGAGAUUCAAUCUCAGAAAGAAAGUCUCCAGCAUCAGAUCAACUCUUAGAGGAAAGAUCUUCGGUAAGAAAAUACGUUCAAUGAUCGAAUCAAAUAGCUUCGAGGAUGAAUACAUCAAAGAUUUCGUCACUGGCUCAAGAUUCACAAGCUUUUACGACAGAAACGAGAAUUCAACGGAAGUGCCUCCGAGCCCAGCUUCAGCCUGCAGCAACACUCCUGAUGAGUUCUGGAGGAAUGUCGAUUAUCUAAGCCCGGUUUCGACACCAGAUGUCAGUAUAGCCGAUGAAAACGGCUUUCCACGAGUCUUCAGAGAUAUCAGCUCCAAUCUAAGCGAGCUGAGAAGGCAGAUUAACGAGCUGGAAUCCGAUCUACGAGAGGAUACCCUUGUCGAACAAGAAGCUAAUCAUGAGCCUGAAUCCAUCAAUAUAGCGAAUCCCGACAAAGCAUUCGUGAGAGAUCUACUCGUAGCUUCUGGUUUAUACGACGGAACAUCGGAUAGAUCAUCGUUAUCCAGAUGGGAUCCGUUCGCAAAGCCGAUACAGAAAUCUGUUUUCCAAGAAACAGAAGAGAAUCACAGGAAAACAACGAAGCUGAACACAGAGAACGAAGCCACGGGAACUAAGGCCGAGACAGAUCACAACUUACUGUUCGAUCUGCUGAACGAAACACUGGCGAUUGUGCUUGGACCUCCGGUUUCAAGAUCCAGUUUCAGGAGAAAACUCGUGAGCUCAUCUGGUUUGGCGCCUCCACGUGGCAAAUACCUAGUGGAGGCGGCAUGGCAGGUCAUGUCGGAGUACUUGAAUGCUCAGACAGAGAAGCCUUGGUGUUCAUUGGAUGGGAUCAUAGCCUGGGAUCUGGGAAGCAGUCCAUGGAGUGGUUUGAUGGAUGAGGAAGUCAAUGUGUUGGGAAGAGAAAUUGAAGGUCUGAUAAUGGCGGAUCUUGUCGAGGACCUCGUCAAGGAUAUGCAGGCACAAACUGUGUUUUUGAGACAUGUUAGAGAGAUCAUCGUAUCAAAAGACUGAUUACAGAGAGGGGACACGAUCUGGGUUGGCUUUGUUUGGCGAAUCAGUUCGAAGGGUUUUUUUUUUGGGUGUGUUGAUGUAAAUAGGGUUUCUUCGGGUGGUUUCUGGAUCUGUUAGAGGUUGAAGGUAUGAAGGAAAAUGAGUUUUUACAGAAUUUGUAAAUGAUUGCUUGCAAUGCAAGAAACCUAGAAUUCGAUU